AUGGCUAAUGUCCCUGUUCUCCUUUUCCUUGUGUUCUUGUCUCUCUCACCAGGAGGGAAUCUGAUCAUGGGCAAUGAGCAGAAAUCUUGGUGUGUGGCAAAGCCUUCAUCAGAUCAGGCUACCCUUUUGGCCAACCUGAAUUAUGCCUGUUCUCAAGUUGAUUGCAGGGUUCUGCAGAAAGGCUGCCCCUGUUCUUACCCUGACAAUCUCAUGAACCAUGCCUCCAUAGCCAUGAAUCUCUACUACCAAUCCAGAGGAAGAAACCACUGGAAUUGUGAUUUCAGGGCCUCUGGCCUCAUCACUAUCACUGAUCCAAGUUAUGGCAACUGCAUUUACGCAUAG